UUCAAGGCGAGUUUAUGGCCUCGAUUGAAAUCCAAUUUGAAGUCCGCUCCUUCCUUCCUGAGUAGAGAGAGAGAGAGGUGGAAGAAGCCUUCAGAUCCGGACGCCGCCUUCUUCGCCCCACUCCGGCCGCCCUUGAUGGGCCAAUCGGCAUCCACCCCAUCCCCCACAUCCUUUUCCUCCUCCUCUAGCCGCCGCGUUAAGCCACUCUCAUCCUGUUCUUCUGCGGUAGCGGCCUCUGCAGCUAAGGAGCUAGCGGUAAUGACGAACGGAGACGCCGCGUCGGGGAGCGGUGCCGUUUGUCCGUCAAGGGACCAUACCUUGGACCUCCCCGACGAGUGCCUGGCCCUCGUCUUCCAGUCCCUAGGCUCCGGCGACCGGAAGCGGUGCUCGCUGGUGUGCCGGAGGUGGCUCGUCGUCGAGGGUCAGAGCCGCCACCGGCUGGCACUCGACGCCCGGGCCGCCCUCCUGGAGGCCGCGCAGGCCAUCUUCUCCCGAUUCGACGCCGUCUCCAAGCUCGCUCUCAAGUGCGACCGCCGCGCAGACAGCAUCGGCGACGAGGCGAUCGCGCUCAUCGCCGCCCGGUGCCCCAACCUCACCCGCCUCAAGCUCCGCGCCUGCCGUACCGUCACCGAUGCCGGGAUGGCAGCCGUUGCCGAUCACUGCCCAAGCCUCCGCAAGCUCUCCGUCGGGUCAUGUACGUUCGGCUCCAAGGGCAUUGAGGCCGUCGUCCGGGGCUGCGCUCUGUUGGAGGAACUAUCAAUUAAGCGGCUCCGCGGCCUCCCCGACGCCACCGUCAUCGGAAAUGUCGUUGUCAAAGCCGCCUCACUCCGAUCUGUCUGUCUGAAAGAGCUCUACAAUGGUCAGUGCUUCUCGCGGCUCAUCGCCGGAUCCUCCAAUCUCAAGACCCUAAAGCUCAUCCGAUGUUCCGGAGACUGGGACAGGCUACUCGAGGAUGUUGCCAAUAAGGUCCCUGGAAUCAUCGAGAUCCACCUCGAGAAGCUCCAGGUCAGUGAUCGUGGCCUUUCCGCGCUCUCCUCCUGUGCCAAUCUCGAGAUCCUUCACCUUGUAAAGACCCCGGAAUGCACUGAUGCGGGCCUCUCAUCUGUUGCUGAACGUUGCCACCUCCUCCGCAAGGUCCACAUCGACGGAUGGAAGACCAAUCGGAUUGGUGAUGAAGGUCUCAUAGUCGUCGCUAAACAGUGCCCUAACCUUCAGGAAUUGGUGCUUAUUGGAGUUAAUCCAACGGCUCGAAGCUUAGGGCUUAUAGCGAGCAAUUGCCGCAACUUGGAGCGCCUUGCCCUUUGUGGCAGCGAAACCUUUGGGGACGCCGAGAUCACAUGUAUUGCCUCCAAGUGUAUGGCUUUAAAGAAGCUCUGUAUCAAAGGAUGCCCGGUAUCUGACCAGGGAAUGGAAGCCCUCGUCGGGGGUUGCCCAAAGUUGGUGAAGGUGAAAGUGAAAAAGUGCCGGGGGGUGACGCCAGGAUGUGCAGAUUGGUUGAUGACAUGCAGGGAUGGGAUGCUGGCAGUCAACUUGGACAUCACCGGACCGAACGAGCAACAGGAAGCGAGUGUUGGUGAGAGUAGGAUUAUUGAGAGUAAUGAGCAAUUGGUCGAUCAGAUUGGAGCUGUUGAACUUCUCCCGUCGAGCAGUACCUCUAGGCCGUCGCCAUGGAAGACGCGGAUGGGUUAUUAUGCUGGUAGGAACUUUGUCGCCUCUGCUCUCAGAAGAUGGUCCCAUGGAAGUAGCAACUCCAAUCAUACAUGAAAUGAAAUGAUGUCUUUCUUUUGCUUCUUACAUUGCUAAGUGUUUGAAUUUGUAUGUCAAUUAACUCUUCAUGGCUAGGGUUGUUAUGUGCUACUAUUGCUGCCCAUAAGCUGUUUAUAUUGACUUCUGAAAGUAAACAGUUGGUAGUGUUGCUAUC